AUGGCUCCAAUGGCACAGCCAAGUUAUGAAAUAUACACAAUUCUUUAUGUAGACUUUGAGUAUGAAUAAUAAAAAUUUUUAGGAUAUGCAUGUACGAGCAAUGAAUGGACUAAAUAUGAUGGUUCUUAUUCCAUUUCUAAAGGAGAUUUUAUUAGUAAAUGUGAUGAUGUAGGACCUUCUUAUGACACUCAAUACAAUUAUAGACUGAGAUUAUUGAAAGUUAAUAAAAACGAAGGAGAACAAAUAAAUAACUAAAAUAGAAAAAGAAAUCUUAGAAAGAGAGGAAUAUGCACAUCACCAAAAAAGCGUGGCCAUGUUAUAUCAAUUUUAGAGAAAUAAGAGAAAGGAGUUAUUAAAAUUCUAAAAAUAGAUUGA